GAUUCUUCUAUAAUUCCAUCGAAGAGAGAAAAGCGUAUUCCUCGUGAGCACUAACUUCUCACUCUUCUUCUUCAUCUUCUUCAGCUGAAUCACAAUCCGUGCGUAUAAUCUGCAGCGACCUGUAUUUAUACCCGAUUCGGAUCGGUUUCGAAGGUGGUUUGGGUGUUUUGAGUGUUGGGGAAGAAGAUGACGUCUGACGGUGCGACGUCGACGUCAGCAGCAGCGAUGGCGACGAGGCGGAAGCCGUCGUGGAGAGAGAGGGAGAACAAUCGGAGGAGGGAGAGGCGGAGAAGAGCUGUGGCGGCGAAGAUAUAUACCGGUCUCAGAGCUCAAGGUAACUACAAUCUGCCUAAACACUGCGACAACAAUGAAGUGCUCAAGGCUCUUUGUUCUGAAGCUGGCUGGGUCGUUGAAGAAGACGGCACCACUUAUCGCAAGGGACACAAGCCUCUCCCUGGUGACAUGGCUGGAUCAUCCUCGCGGGUCACUCCUUACUCUUCCCAUAACCAAAGCCCUUUUGAAAGUCCCAUCCUUUCUUACCAAGUCAGUCCGUCUUCUUCUUCAUUCCCAAGUCCUUCUCGUGGCGGCGACACACACAACAUCUCCAACAUCUUCCCUUUCCUCAGGAACGGUGGGAUUCCUUCAUCGCUUCCUCCGCUUAGAAUCUCAAACAGUGCUCCAGUCACUCCACCAGUCUCAUCCCCAACUUCUAAAAACCACCCCAAGCCAUUGCCCACUUGGGAAUCUUUUACAAAACAAUCCAUGGCCAUUGCUGCUAAACAAUCAAUCUCAUCUUUCAACUACCCGUUUUACGCCGUAUCUGCACCUGCGAGUCCCACUCAUCAUCGCCAGUUCAAUGCCCCUGCUACUAUACCUGAAUGUGAUGAGUCUGACUCUUCGACUGUUGAUUCGGGUCAUUGGAUAAGCUUUCAAAAGUUCCCACAACAGCCAUUUCAUGCCGGCCCUGGAGUGCCAGCCUCUCCUACGUUCAAUCUAGUGAAGCCCCCCGCACCUCAGCAAUUAUCUCCAAACACUGCAGCAAACCGGGAGAUUGGUCAAAGCUCGGAAUUCAAAUUUGAGAACAGCCAAGUUAAGCCAUGGGAAGGGGAGAGGAUCCAUGAUGUGGCUAUGGAGGAUCUAGAGCUCACCCUUGGAAACGCUAAAGGUCGUAGUUGAGAUAAAGAACAAAAGAACCUGUUGUGGCAUGUCGAACUGGAAGGAUUGUAGUCUUCGUGUGUUGUUCAGUUCAUGGUUUUGGUUGUUGUACUAGAAUCGAUAUUCAUUGUACCGGUGAGUUUGUUUUCACAACCGCAUUAUUUGUAGAUAGAAUGUUUAAGAUGUAUGUUUCUAUCAUCAUCCCUUCUAGAUCUUGGAAAACAUUACAAAUAUAUUACAUUAUUAAGUGGCUUGAA